AUGGCUUGCAGAAAGAAAUAUAUUCGUGAGAGAGCAUGCGCCAAUUGUAAGAAGAAAAAGCAUAAAUGCGACAAUGAAGCAAUUUAUAGUGAUAACAAAAGUUCUGAACAGCCUCCACCAAAAAUUAUUCAUCCUCUUUCACCGAAUAACUGGGAUGAAUUUAUCGAUUUUAAUAGUUAUAAUAUUUUGCCUUUCUAUUUCAAUUGCUAUUAUGAAGAACAACUAACCUAUGAACAAAUG